AACCGGUGCGUCUUGAUGACGUCACUCUCCUCUGCGACGAAGCGCGGAGCUCGAAACCUUUAGGAUGUAAACAUGAUGUUUUGAGUAUGUUAGACAACAUAAAGUAAGAGGUGAACAUGGAAGUGAGCCAUUCGAUUCGUGAACGCACCAUCGCCGAGAACAGCCUGGUGAUUCUCCUGCAGGGUCUGCAUGGCCAGGUGACCACCGUUGACCUGCGAGACGAGAGCACAGCCAGGGGACGCGUUAUUAACGUGGACGCUUUCAUGAACAUCCGGCUGGAGAAGGUUUUGUACCGGGACAGACGUGGACAUAUGUCCAGUAUGGAUGACCUGUUUGUCACUGGCCGAAACGUGCGCUACGUCCACAUCCCAGACCACAUGAACAUUCAAGAGACAAUAGAGUCCCAGCUCUCCAAAAUACACCGCGUGCGAAACUUUGGAGCAGGUGGUGGACGGAAAGAAUACUCGAAGAAAAAAUAGCUUAUGUGUGAGAUUUAUGUUUGUCUUGCGAAUGUAUUGUUUUUGGAAAGCGCACUAUUAUUUGUAAUGCAGCCGUGAAGCAAAAAGUAGUGUGUACAUUGUUGCUAGUUUGUAACUGAAAUAGUUCUGUUUGUGUUCUCAAGGAACGGUGUGGGAAAAGUGAUUUCUGUUUACUUUGUACUGCUCUGGUGGUUUGAAAAUUAAUAAACGGAUAAAUGUGAUGAAAUAA